AUGAGAGCUGAGCUAACUGCUGAGUUGGACACUACUAUUUGGAUGAAUAAAUCUUUGCCUGGUACGGGUUUUGAGAGCAAGGGAGGUGAAGUGAGGAAUAUGUUGAAAGCUACUGCUCUACCCUUUAGAAUUUGUAUCUACUUCGUUGUCGCAAGCUACUUCAUGUUGAGGAUGGCCUCGAUUUGA